GCUGUGUUAGACUUCUUGUAAAUUUCUACACAUUUUUUUAAAUACUCAAAAAUAAAAGCAAGUACACUUUUAGCCUUGGGAUGUAACUUUAGUAUUGUUCCUCCCCUCGCUUGUAACUCAAGAGUUAUCAUUAACAGUCUCGUAAUCUUGUGACCUUUUGUAUAAUUUGACAAAGCUGGACCGUGCACCCAGUUAAUGAUAAGCUAACAACGCGCGGUCAUGUACUUGUACAUCCUUAUUACGGCGAUUUGUUUGACUUUGCUCAUGCUAUUAAUAAUUCAGUGGUUUCGAGACUACUAUACAAAUGAAAAAUAUUUGGAUUGGAUUAAUGGCGCUCGACCCCUGCCCGUUUUAGGAAAUGCGUUGGAGUUCAUUUCGGGAGACGUAAUAAGCGAAUUCUAUAGGCUACACCAACAACAUGGUCCAAUUAUUAAAAUUCUACUACCUUUCCAACCCCCAAACGUGUCUGUUACAGAUCACGCCCUUCUGGAAACCAUUUUUCGAUCUGCAGCACUUCUCAACAAAUCCAACGAUUACAGAUUUACGCACCCCUGGCUAGGACACGGUCUACUGACUGCACCAGGUGAAAGAUGGAAAAAGCAUAGAAAACUAAUCGCACCAGCAUUUAGUUUUGAAAAAUCGCAGUACUUUAUUGACAUCUUUGAAAAACACAGUUGUGUGCUUUUGGAAAAGCUAUCAAAGAAAGUCGGCGAAGGAACAGUGAAUAUUUACCCUUAUAUUAAUUUAUGUACUUUGGACAUUAUUUGCGAGGCUGCAAUGGGAACAACAAUAAACGCACAAAGUAAUGACAAAUCGGAUUACGUGUACAGCGUGAAAGAAAUGUGUAGAAUAGUCAUUGGGCGAUCGUUAUCAAUUCCCAAGUCGUUCGAUUUUCUAUAUCAGUUUACAAAAGAUUUCUAUAAACAAAAUAAGGCCCUCAAGAUUUUGCACGAAUAUAGUCGCAAUGUCAUAGAGUUCAGAAAAAAAGUACUGUUGGGAAGUAGCGAACAAGCCUCCAGUAACACUCUCUUGGAUUUGCUUCUUGAUUCGAAGGAAACAAAGGUUGGUAUCUCCGACAGCGAAAUACGGGAAGAAGUAGACACGUUUAUGUUUGCGGGCCAUGACACUGUUACAUCUGCCAUCAGCUUUAUAUUGUAUUGCCUCGCAAUGCAUCCUCAAGUGCAGGAGCGUGUUGUCAAAGAAAUGGAAGCGAUAUUAUGGUCGCAUAACUUAAAUGUAGCAACAUAUGGACGUUUACAGAAGUUAAGGUACCUAGAAGCUGUUAUAAAAGAGACCUUAAGGUUGUACCCAUCUGUGCCCAUUUAUUGCAGACGUGUAGUCGAAGAUUUACACUUUGGUGAUCAAGUGAUACCGGCCAAUACGACUAUUGUAAUUUUUGCAUACGGGGUGCAUCGGUGCCCUAAAACUUACCCCGAACCAGAAAAAUUUGAUCCGAACAGGUUCCUUACCGAAAACCAAUCGGCAGCAUCUACAUCUUCUUAUAUACCCUUCAGUGCGGGAUACAGGAGUUGCAUCGGGAAAAAGUUUGCCAUGCUGGAAAUGAAAGUCGUGGUUUCGAAGAUACUGAAGCACUACAGGUUACUUCCAACUGUGCCAGAGCAUAAACUCAUAUUGAAAGGAGAAACUGUGCUUAAAUCAAAGAAUGGUGUUUGUAUAAGACUGGCAAAAAGAUUUAAUAUACGAAGGUCGGACAUUCCAAGAAACACCUCAUUAUUGAUAUGCAUUUAUGGAAUUCAUCGUAGCGAAGAAUUUUACCAGGAUCCGGAGAAAUUCAUCCCUGAACGGUUUUUUAAUCCUUCUAAAGUCGCGGGCAGCUACCUUCCAUUUAGUGCAGGUCCAAGGAAUUGCAUUGGACAAAAGUUUGCCAUGUUUGAAAUGAAGUACGUGUUGGUUACUUUACUGAAACAUUAUGAAAUACUACCUGCGACACCGAGGCAUGAACCCAAAUUGGCAGAUGAAGUUGUAUUGGUAUCAUUAAAUGGAGUUCGGAUUGCCAUACGAGAAAGAAAACUGUGAAAAAAGGCAGGACCAGUAAUUGAGAAAGUACUACAGUUUGACAGUAAGUACUAGAUAAACGUCGUUAAUGAGAGGAAUUGUACUGGUGUCUGUAACUUCUGUUUAACAACAUUUGGUUUAAUAAAUAUGGGGAGGGUGGCGUACAAAAAUUAGGUAUUUGUACAAAUAUAUUUUUCUUAUUUGGCA